AUGGAGGGGGAGCUCUCAGGCCCUCGCCACAGCCCUAGCCUCGUGUCCCCGGGUCGUCGCAGCUUCAGUCGGAAACCGGGACCCCCAGCCGCCCCCGCGGCGUCUGCUGAGAGAUCCCGCGCCACCCAAUCUCCAAAACCCGUGAGACGCGUACUCGCGCCUGCCUUACUCACCAAGGUUGACGAAGCUCAUGACCAUGUCGGCGUCGGUGAGGAAGUGGCUAUCUUGCAGGCUGGCCAGAGGGGGGCCCUGGGUGCUGAAGACGGCCUUGUAGGGGUAGGAGAAGCCCUGGCCCGGCCCGCUGCCCUCCUCCACCGCCAUGGCGUUGUACAGGUCCAGCAUGAACAUGGGCGCCGAGUUGUGCUUGCCCUGGAGGUGCGGGCGCGGGCGGUGGGGCAAGCCCAAGAUGGAGAGGAUCUCGCGCUGCAUCUCCCGCCGCUCUUGGCUGCGGAGACGCCGGUGGAUGAAGCUCGAGUGCACCUCGUUGUCCAGGCUGAAGUCGGCCAGGGCGGAGCGCAGCAAGAACAGGGGUGCCCAGAGCGCCACGAAGCUGUGCGGCGCCGCGGCGCGCAGCGAGCGCACGUGCAUCGCGCCGGCUCUACGCGCGACCCGGGCUCCGGCCUCUGGGCCCGCACCGCCCCAGGUGGCAGAGGGGGCAGGCGGCUGUCCGCGCCGCUCCGUCACUUGCAGCAGACGUGCCCCGCUGCGCCCGCGCCAGACAUGGCCCCUCCCCGGCCGGCCGCGCUCUGCUGGGACCCCCGCCCCCUGCUCGGUGCUGGCCCCGGGCCCCUAGUCCCGCACUCGCCCGGGCGCACCGCAGGGCUUGGAAAGCAGCCCCGGCGAGCGAGGAGGCGAGUGAGGAGGCGGGCGCGGGUGGGAGGAGCAGCCAGCAAACCUACGAGUCCAGAGAGUGAGCGCCGGGGAGGCAGCAAGAAGGCGGGCGGGCGGGCGAGCGCUCCUUCUUCCCGCUCCUCUCGUGCUACCGCCCUCGGGCGGCGGCGACCCACCCUCUUCCAAUCUCUGGCUCGGAGAACAGGGUCUCCAGGACACUCUCCCAAGCCCUGGGCGCCCUGGAUCGCACUAGAGGCCGCCUCAGGAGCCCCAGAGUGGUGCGCGCUGGGGCCUGGGCAGAGGAGGAGGAGGAGGAGGAGGAGGAGGAGGAGGAGGAGGAGGAGGAGGAGGAGGAUGGACUUCCAGGGGCCCCUCCCGCGCCGGCGGCCUCCCACCUGCCCUCGGCCCCGCCCUCCCCACAGCUGUGCCCAAUGGAUUCAUUCAUUCCCUCUAGAGCGCUUGACAAAUGUUUACCGACUGCCCACGGGGUGCCCAGAGCCUGGCGGGACUUCGCUGGGUUGCGGCGGGAGGAAUCCCAGCCGGCCCUGCCCUCUUGGCACUCGCGGUCCGCACCAGGAAGGCAGCCAGAGCGGGACGGGGGGCUGCCGACCGCGAUGGGAAAAGUUAGGGGAGCCCGGAGGUGGCGCAGAAAUAGAAGGCUUCCUGGAAGCGGUGACCCUUGAGCCGGUCUUGCCCCUCUGUCCCGGUCUCCUUUUAAGCCGGGCACGCUGGCCCCUCCGCGCCUUCCUGAGCCAGUUGUCAGCUAGUCUCUGCGCUCGCCAGUCCUUGGGCCUGGACCUCUCCCCGAUUACCACCCCCCGCCCCGCAGCGGGCGCCGCUUUCUCCUCCCAGAAACCUCCAAGACCUGCCAAGCUCAGGUCGCUUCCUCGCCUCACCCCACGCACAUCUGAGUUAUUUCCUGUCCUUUCUCUUGCUGUCUGGAAUUACUGUUUGAGUUACCCGGUGCCUUCUUUAUUGCCUUCUCACGCCCGCUAGACACCCAGUGCCCUG